UAUGAACACUCAAAGCUACUCUCUAUUUAAGCCACAACCCUUUUGUCCUUACAACUCAGGAUAUUCAUAGCCAUCCAAUAAGUUCCUCUCUCUCUUUCUCUGCAUAUUCAAAGUACAACCAGUGCAUAAGAACAUGGACACUGCCAUGGGAAAUGGGCAUUCAAACGGUGUGGACUCGGGUUUUUGCAUUAAAGACCCGUUGAACUGGGGUGUGGCAGCUGAGUCAUUAAAGGGUAGCCACUUGGAUGAGGUGAAGAAAAUGGUGGCGGAGUUUCGGAAGCCGGAGGUGCGGCUUGGUGGCGAAACCUUGACGAUAUCGCAGGUGGCGGCGAUCGCCGCCCGUGAUAAUGCUGUCACGGUGGAGCUCUCGGAGGCGGCGAGGGCAGGAGUUAAGGCCAGCGGUGACUGGGUUAUGGAGAGCAUGAACAAGGGUACAGACAGCUAUGGUGUCACCACUGGUUUUGGUUCUACUUCUCAUAGGAGGACCAAACAAGGUGGUGCUCUUCAGACGGAGCUCAUUAGGUUUUUGAAUGCUGGGAUCUUUGGCAAUGGAACAGAAUCUUUUCCUACAAUUUCUGCUUCGGGCGACCUUGUCCCCUUAUCCUACAUUGCCGGAUUACUCACUGGCAGGCCCAACUCCAAGGCUGUCGGACCUGCGGGAGAAACUCUCAAUCCAGAGGAAGCAUUUCAUCGUGCUGGAAUUGAUGGCGGGUUCUUCGAGUUACAGCCCAAGGAAGGCCUUGCCCUUGUCAAUGGCACGGCUGUUGGCUCUGGCUUGGCCUCUAUGGUUCUUUUUGAGGCUAAUAUACUUCUUGUGUUAUCUGAAGUUCUAUCUGCUAUUUUUGCUGAAGUAAUGAAUGGUAAACCCGAAUUUAUCGACCAUCUAACACACAAAUUGAAGCAUCACCCUGGCCAAAUCGAGGCUGCAGCUAUUAUGGAACAUAUUUUAGAUGGUAGCUCUUAUGUUAAAUUAGCUCUGAAGUUACAUGAGAUGGACCCAUUGCAGAAAUCGAAACAAGAUCGUUAUGCUCUUCGAACAUCACCCCAGUGGCUCGGGCCACAGAUUGAAGUAAUCCGUUCAGCAACAAAGAUGAUCGAGAGGGAGAUAAACUCAGUGAAUGAUAACCCUUUGAUCGAUGUUUCGAGGAACAAGGCCUUACAUGGUGGUAAUUUUCAAGGUACCCCAAUUGGUGUCUCCAUGGAUAAUACUCGUUUGGCUAUUGCAUCGAUUGGAAAACUCAUGUUUGCACAAUUCUCCGAGCUAGUUAAUGACUUAUACAAUAAUGGGUUGCCUUCUAAUCUCUCUGGUGGACGCAACCCGAGUUUGGACUAUGGUUUCAAGGGAGCUGAGAUUGCUAUGGCAGCAUACUGUUCCGAGCUUCAAUUUCUUGCCAAUCCGGUCACUAACCAUGUCCAAAGCGCUGAGCAACACAACCAAGAUGUGAACUCCUUGGGCUUAAUAUCUUCGCGAAAAACCGCUGAAGCUGUUGAUAUCUUGAAGCUCAUGUCAUCAACAUAUCUUGUAGCACUAUGCCAAGCUAUUGAUUUGAGGCAUAUGGAAGAGAAUUUGAAAAAUACUGUCAAGAAUACAGUCAGCCAAGUAGCUAAGAGAACUCUGACUAUGGGUGUCAAUGGGGAGCUUCACCCAUCAAGGUUUUGUGAGAAGGAUUUGCUUAGAGUUGUGGAUCGUGAACACAUUUUUGCUUAUAUCGAUGAUCCCUGCAGUGCUACCUACCCGUUAAUGCAAAAAUUAAGGCAAGUUCUCGUCGAACACGCACUGACAAAUGGCGAUAAUGAGAAGAAUGUGAGCACUUCGAUCUUCCAAAAGAUUGGAGCUUUUGAGGAUGAACUUAAGACCCUAUUGCCAAAAGAGGUUGAGAGCACAAGAACUUUGGUUGAGAGUGGAAAUCCAGGAAUUCCUAAUCAAAUUAAGGAGUGCAGGUCUUACCCAUUGUACAAGUUUGUGAGAGAAGAGCUGGGGACAGGACUACUGACCGGAGAGAAGGUCCGAUCGCCGGGAGAGGAGUUCGACAAGGUGUUUACUGCAAUGUGCAAGGGGCUGAUCAUUGAUCCAUUGUUGGAUUGUCUCAAGAGCUGGAAUGGUGCCCCUCUUCCAAUAUGUUAGUUUAAUUUGCUACAUUUUGAAACACUUGUACACCUUUGUUGUCUUCAAUUUUUAUUUUUCUGUUAUUGUUUGUCUCUAGACUAAAAUUAAGGUUGUAAGAUUAUCUAUGAACUCAAACACUUUCAAUGUCCGUGAAUUGGUGCUUCAAUAGUAAAUUUGGUC